AACAUCCACGCAUUCGAUAACUUAACUAAUACGAGGUUUUAUUUAAAUGAAUAUGGUCGAGGAUACGCCUCCGAAGGAAGAAAAUUUAAUGACUGUUAUAGAUAAAUUACAAGAAGAUGAUAUAGCUGUUAAUAAACAUUUAGAUCAUAUUCUUUCAAAGCAUUGUCACGUUGAAGCCAAGCUUCAAAGUAUAAGCAAAAUUUUGCCAAAUAUUGCCAUUGUGCGUUUGGAGGCUGAAAAAUUUCAAAAUGUAAUAGGGCACACCAAUAACUUAGCGGAGAAAGUAAGUGCUAAAGUUAGGCAAUUGGAUCUUGCCAGAAGCAGGGUAUGCGAAUGUCAAAGCCGAGUUAAUGACAUCCUUGACCUACAAUUAUGCAGCGACGGCGUAGCUACAGCAUUACGUAAUGAAGAUUAUGAACAAGGGGCUGCGCACGUUCAUCGCUUUUUGUUAAUGGAUCAGCAGUUAUUGGAAAGAACCGCUGACAAUGUUUCUGGAGAUCAUACCAGUGUUACUAGCUCGUUAGCUAAUUUACAACAGGCUGCUAAUGAAUUGAGAGCGGUCAUUACUCAUAAAUUUGAUGAAGCGGUUAAAUCCGAAGAUCUGGCUUCUAUUGAGAGAUUCUUUAAAGUUUUUCCAUUAUUGGGAAUGCAUAAUGAUGGGAUUACAAAAUUUUGUCAUUAUUUGUGUUCCAAGCUUCAAGAGACAGCACAGAAAAAUCUUAAAGCAGCAUUGGACGUACGUAGUACCGAUAAAAGAUCCGCUGUAAUAUUUGCUGAUACUAUAACAAUGCUGUUUGAAGGUAUCGCGAGAAUUAUCGAAGUCCAUCAGCCAAUCGUAGAGACAUACUAUGGACCGGGAAAAUUAUUAUCAUGCAUUGGAAUUUUACAAAAAGAAUGCGAUAAGCAGAUUAAAAAAGUUAUAUCGGAAUUCACUAAACAUCGUAAAAUAGCAAAAAGAGUUCAACUAAUUAAUGAAUAUUUAAGAAAACAGGGCGGUACCGAAAGGGUUGAUCCAAAAGAUCUUGAUCUCGUUUUAAGUGAAAUAACUAUAAUGCAUAUAAGGGCUGAAUUAUAUAUAAAAUUUUUAAGAAGAAGGAUAAUCAAUGAUUUGGAAAUUAGUACAACCGAUACUCAGCAAAGAAAAGACCUAUUAAAUGAUUUUGAGAUGAUAAUAAAAAAUUCCGAAUUGGCAUGUAGUAUGCAGGAAUUGCUUGGAGCAUAUCUAGCUGUAGAGAAAUAUUUUAUGGAAGAAAGUGUAAAUAAAGCAAUUGGAAUGGAUGCCUUAGAUCAAGAUCAACAAACGUCCAGUAUGGUGGAUGAUGCAUUUUUCAUUGUAAAGAAAUGUAUACGACGAGCAAUUUCAAGUGGUAGUAUCGAUGGUGUUUGCGCGGUUAUUAACAUGGCUUGCGGUUUCCUUGAGAGUGACUUUACAAAUCAAUUGCGAAAUCGACUUCGACAAGGCUAUCCCGCUGGGUACUUGGAUUUGGCUCAAGCAUAUAAUGCUCUUCAAACUAGUAUUCAACAUGGGCGCAUUCAAACGUCAGAUACAGAACUCGCAAGACUCAUGUUUCUAGCCUAUUUGAAUAACACGGAAGUAAGCAUAGAAUACGUAGAGACCUUAAACAAAAGUCUUAGCAUUGAUAUUGACCAAGCUUUUCAAAAUAUGCAAACUAAGGAGAAAGGGAAAAUUGAAAGUUGCCUAGCUGGGAUGAAAAAUGUAGCCCUGACUUUGCGCACAGUGGUAGAUUAUGGCUUGGAACAGUUACGUGUUAGUACUGUGAAACCGAGAAUAACUCCAUGGAUAGAUGCAUUUCUGGCAAUAAAUCAUCAAAUAAAUGAUGAUGAAUUGUUGAGAUAUGAAACCGAUGAACCAUUUGUUCAGUCUUUAGUAACAAAUUUGGAAGGUUUUUUGCAAGGAUUUAAAAAUAGUUUAACAGAACCAAAUUAUAAUGCUCUUAUAGGUAUUCUUACCGCAGAAGUAGCCGCUCGCUUGGAAAAAGUAAUUCUAAAGUCUACCUUCAAUCGUAAUGGUGGCCUUAUACUUGAUAAAGAAAUAAGAUCUUUAGCUAGCUAUUUAGCUUCAGCAACGUCUUGGUCGGUACGAGAUAAAUUUGCUAGGUUAAUGCAAAUUACCACAAUUUUAAGCGUUGAAAAAAUUGAAGAACUAGCAGAUUAUUGCGAAGAUUCGAUAGCAUGGAGAUUGACACCAGCAGAAGUUAGAAAAAUUUUAACUUUAAGAACAGACUUUAGGCAAGAAGAUAUUAAAAGGCUUAAAAUUUAAAUAUUUCUAUUUCCUUAGAAAUAUCUACUGAAUAUUGGUGAUAAAUUCAAGUACGCGUGUAUAGAAUGAAAUAACGAAAGAGAAUAGGAAGAU